UUUGUCUCGAAGCGAGCGUGCAAAAACUUGUCUUCAUUGCCGACUAGUAAAAUAAAAAAUAAAUAAAAUAAUUUAUACAAUAAAAGCCCACCUAUUUAGCCGGGAGGUGCAUAAUUUUAUUGCCAUUAAUAUUUUCAAACAUAUAAAUAAUAUCCGACACCGAGUAAGGAGAAACGUAACGUAACGUAUGACAUUCGCGAAAUUAAGGCCACUUCCUAUUUAUUAAGUUUGACAAACUGGAUUAAAUAAAAUGUCUGAACAAAUUUCCGCAAACGACACACAUGCAAAAAAGUUAAAGCCGGUCAGUCAAUUGUGCUUCUUCCGAGUUAAGAGUACCUACUUAAUUCCGAUUAAUUAAUUAAGAAUUAAUUAAAUCUAAAUAGAUAACUAUUUAGCACACAACAGUUAUUACAUGCAUAAAAUGUGUUACAAAUUUUAAGAAAUUUUCAUAAACGACACAAACCCACUUGCAAAAACUUAAUUGUGAUACAAUCCUUCUUCGAAAUUAGUACAUUCAUAAUUCCGAUUAAUUAAUUAGCAAUUAAAUAAUUUCAGACAAUAUAUUAUAAAUAUUAGCUCAAAACUGGAUUAAAUGCAUAAAAUGUGGAUCAAAUUUUAAGAAAUUUGCGUAGACGACACACCCGUAAAUUGUGAAAGUAUUAUUCUAAUUGCGAUUAAAUUAAUUAACAAUUAAAUAAUUUCCAAUAAUACUAAACUAUUUAUUAGCUUAAAACGGGAAUAAAUUGAUAAAAUGUGUCUCAAAUUUUGAGAAAUUUUCGUAGACGAUACAAACACACACGUGCAGGAAAAUUAAAGCCGAUCAAUUGUUUUGUGCUUCUUCGGAAUUCCGAGUUAAUAAUACCUAAAUAAUUCCGAUUAGUUAAUUAUCAAUUAAAUAAUUGAAGACAAUAGAAAAGUAAACUAUUAGCUCAUCGGUAUACAUACAUACAUAAAUAAUUUGCAUACAUAAAUUCGCACACAUUGUUCCACAUUCCGCAUUCCUCUUCUUCAUUUUUGCGAUGUUGUCCUCAUCGACCUUGUCCUCGACAUUGUUCUUGUUCUUGUUCUUAUUCUUGAUAAGUGGUGUUCCGAUAAGGUGUCGAUCCAUCACGACGACGCUGCUCAGUAAGGAAUCGUCGUCUCGUCUCACCCCCGGAAACGAGGUCGUGUCUCACCUGCUCCAAGAGGAUGAUGAGAUUGCCGAGGAGAAAAAUGAGAUUUCUGGGAUGGCCGAGGUUAAGAAGAAGUUGGGACAUAGCAGCCUGCUCAAACUGCCGGCUUAUCUGGAUGGGGCUUAUCUGGACGGGGGGUUUGGGAGGGUGGGGGUCUUUGAGAGGGAGGAGGAGGAGGAGGAGGAAAAUGGGAGGGAUUAUCUGGGAGUGGUGGAUGAUAAGGAAGAAAAUUCGCCACUGGCGAGGGUCUGGCUUCCGGUGGAGAUUAGAGCACCCUCAGAAAUUCCAGGAUUGUCCAUCAUUUUCCAGCAAACGCAACCCCUGGGAGAUUUCGUCACGGCGGAAAUCGUUCUCACGACGAGGCCAGCGACGAGUGACCUGCCACGUCCAGGAAAUAAUAACAAAAUAAUGAAACUGGCUGCGAGCGUGAAGGCGUUAAAGAAGAAGAAAAAUUAUGUCGUAAAUAACGAGGAAACUAACGACACGCUUUUCUCGGAAGUUUCUGCAGUGGCGAAAAGCGACAAGUUUUACGUGCUCGAUAUCACGGACGCGUUUAAGACGGCGGUGCUGUCCUGCUCGGAGGAGGAGAGAUUUUUGCAACAUCCGCACAAAUUUGAGGUUCAACUUGUGGGGGGUGCGGGGGUGGAGUUUGACAGAUUUGACCUGCAGGUGGAGAGACCCUUCGUCAUAUUUUCGUACCGGCAUGACUUCGAUGCGAUGAAAGGAAUGAAACGGAGAAAGCGGUCGAUUUCCACUUCUUCUGGAGAAACGAAUAAUUCCAUUCCGACUUUGGAAGAACCACGUGCUCCGAACAGUCUAUGUCACCGUGAGGACUGGAACGUGGACACGCACGCGGACAUCGAGUGGUACGACAUGGUCCAACCCAAGCGAUUGGAACUCGGCUUCUGUGCAGGAGCGUGCCCAUUCCCACUCCAGAAUGACCACUUCAACUACACGCUCCACACAUUUUUCCAGGAUCGCCACAGACUCCACAAGAUUUUCGACAUUCCGAAAAACUUUCCCAAGACGUGCUGCGUCCCGGUGUCGUACAAACCGGUGAAAGCGUGGAUCGAGGAGGAGGAGAACUCCAUCGUGUACCGAAUAUUUCCAGACGUCGCGGUGGACCAGUGUGGCUGCAGGUAGACGACCACGAAGGGGACGAAUGCCAAUUACCUAAGAAUCUCACGCUAAUCUUGACCAAUGUACAUUUUGUUAUAUAGAAAAAAACCGGUGUAAAUAGUGUAUAUCUGUAAAUUUAAACUGUAUUUAUGUGUAAAUACCCUCGUGUACAUAAUUAAUUGUUAAUUAAAUAUGACUGUUUUUUAAUUGUACAUAGAAUUUUGGGCAAAGUCUCAAUGUUUUUAAAAAAUAAAUCGGAGUUAAGGAAUGCUGCUUUUGAAA